UCUUGCUUAUCUUUUCCCCUUUUCCAUCAGCGUUCGUCAUUUUUUAUUUAACGUUCACUAAAAAUCUAUAAGCUUAAUGUAAUUUCAAUCUGAAAAAUGUACUUUUGUAGCCUAAUGCACUGCCGGGGGCACGUAUUUAAGAUUAAAAGCCAAUCGUGCCCUGAGUUUAAAGUGGUUUUCUAAGCGAAUAUCUCACUUCGUACUAGAUGAGACCAAAUGAGACAACUGUUAAUGCAGCCUAUACACUUUAAAUCUCAAAAAGUACAGUUUAAGUCCAAGAUGUGUGUAAAAACACGUAACUAGUACUAAAGCAAAGAUCGCUUAUGUUUACAGCGUAAAAGGCGCUGUCGAGGUCUGGGAGGUGCUGAAAUCCACUCUCUUCCAUUCCGCCUGAUUGGCGCACUUGACAGUGAUUGACAGGCGUCCGUGGAAACUACGCAACCAAUCUGCCAAGUCCAAUAGAAAAUCAGAAGCGGGCAGCACGUCUUUUCCCUCCUCAAAAAAAAUCUUCAUUCUUGUGCCAUAAUCUCCUGCCCUCCAACUCUUGGUAUUCCCAGCCGAGGCAACUGCAGCCAGCCGGAGCGUCGUUUCUAUUCGUCUGCAUCAUCGUUUGUCUGCUGACACUGGAGUUGCGUUUUUGUCUGGAUUCGACUUGAAAAGAGAGAGGAAAGGCACAUAAAGCCUGAAGCUAGAGGUAGAGGGGACUCCGCGGGGGGAAGAAAAGCCUUCAUGUUUCAGUUGCCAAUCUUGAAUUUUAGUCCCCAGCAGGUAGCGGGGGUAUGCGAGACUUUGGAAGAGAGCGGAGACAUCGAGCGUCUCGGCCGAUUUCUCUGGUCGCUGCCCGUCGCACCUGCUGCCUGCGACGUACUUAGCCGGAAUGAGUCCGUGCUGAGGGCUCGGGCUAUCGUAGCCUUUCACACUGGGAAUUUCCGUGAGCUUUACCACAUUCUGGAGAACCACAAGUUCACCAAAGAGUCGCAUUCCAAACUGCAAGCACUUUGGCUGGAGUCACACUACCAGGAGGCAGAAAAGCUGCGAGGCCGCCCGCUAGGGCCAGUGGACAAAUACCGGGUGCGAAAGAAGUUUCCUCUGCCUAAAACUAUUUGGGAUGGAGAGCAAAAGACACACUGCUUUAAAGAAAGGACCAGGCAUUUACUUCGAGAAUGGUAUCUUCAGGACCCUUAUCCGAACCCAAGUAAAAAGAGAGAGCUUGCACAAGCUACUGGACUCACUCCCACUCAAGUGGGAAAUUGGUUUAAAAAUCGCAGACAAAGGGACAGAGCGGCGGCCGCGAAAAACAGGUGUGUUUUUCCAAAUUUCAACCUUUCGGGCACAUUGUGCAAAUAUUUCAAGGUUACAACAAGGCUCGAUUCGGUCCUUAACUGGAGAGGAUGGUGCUGUAGAUCGACUGGGGAACGCGUCCAGCCCUGAAGCGAGCCUGUCGAGCAAAGCCGCUGCUUCGGCGAUCUCCAUCACUUCAAGUGACAGCGAAUGUGACAUCUAACAUCGCACCACAAACCGCCCCGGGGGCAAUACAGGAAGACUAUGAGAAAAUUAACACAUAACGAAGGAAAUUCAGACAGACAAUCAGCAAGAUAAACAAGCACAAGAGUGCCUGCCUUAACGUAUCAGAGGCCGUGUUUUUUUAUUUUAUUUUUUUUAUUUGAAGGGCGUUACACCAUCCCGGAGUCGUGGGAUUCAUGGAAUGCUUUAUCUUUAAAAAGAAUAUUUAUCGUUUUUCCACAGCAAAAGAGGGGGCAAACAAAAAAUCAUAUUCAGAAGAAAGAACAACUGUAUUAAAGUGAUUUUGUAAGCCCCCGAAAAUAUUUUUGGUUUGUUUUGAAAGGACUUUAAGUUGAAACAUUUUACCCCCAGGUUUUCUAAAGUGUUUGACCAUUAAAUUUAUGAAUAAUGUUUUUUGGUCAUUUUAAGUCUGGUCAUUUUCGACGAUAAACAACUGAUUUUUUAAAGCAUGUGCGCCGAUAGUGAAGAUGUUUUAAUGAAUGCGAGACUUGAAGCUAAUAAAAUGUUUCAUUAUCAAACUAA